AACAUCUAAAGGCCUUUUUUGCAUGUUAUAGGUCUAUGCUAGUUAGCCAUCGGCUACCAACUGGGCACAGAUAAACAAACCAUGACAUCGGAAUCAAAUGACAUGAAUCAAAUGUUUAUCAUUUGUCCACCGUGUUUAUAAAAUGUUAACUAUAAGAUUGAUUGUACCAUCGUAUGAUUAAACGCCGUAAUAAUGUGUAGAGAUUGCGUGCAAGCGUUGCCGUUUUGCAAACGUUUUCCAACAAAUGUAAUAAAAUUAUUUGGGAACGUUAAUUUAAAGAGGUGCACUGAAUCGCGUAUCCACGUCGAAGCACGCAAAACAAAAAUCAGUUUUUGGACUAUUUAGGCCUUGCAUAAAAAAUGCGUUUGUCUCAACUUUUUGUAACUUGUUUAACUUUUGAGCACCAAAUGAUACAGACUCUUAACCUUCACUUUGAUGUCAGUUGAUGUUGAGCACAAUCUCCAGCAUUCUGCCAGUUAUUUAGCAUCGUGUUUGUUUUCUGAAACAUACCUGCAUUAAAGCUUCUCGUAUUUGUUCUCUGAUAAAUUGUAAUUUCUUCUUUGUUAUCGCUUCACCUUUAUAAUCCGACUAACGUUACAUGAAGGAUGGAUCUUCAAAAAAUAAUCCACCACGCGCUGCACGACUUCAUUUCUUCAUAUAUUCCUCACGCGGAUCUGAGUACGCUAGAUGAUGUGAUUUUGUCCUACAUCACUGGGGUGCUAGAAGAUUUGGGAUUUCAAGAAAGUGUGGAGGAGAACUUUGAUGUAGAGGUGUUUGUUGAAAUGUUGGAGGCCUACAUUCCUGGUUUCUCAGAUAUUGACAGUGUCAAAGUCUGUGAGAUGAUGUUUAAUCUGGCAUCAAAGUUGGCCUCAGCCCGAGAUACAGAAUCUGGAGAGAUGAAAAUAGAGGAAAGUAAAUUUCCCCUCUCAGAAAGCUCUUCUUUAAUCCAUGGAGGUUCAAGAGAAAAGACACACAACUUCACAGUACAGGCAGAGGGAGCCACAGCUAAGGUUACUGAAUCAUCGUGGGACCAACAGGAGCAACAUCUUCUUGAAAUGUUUCCUAAAUGCAGUGUGACUGAGGCCAGAAGUGCAUUGUCGAUUGCUAAAGGAGACAUGGAGGAAGCUGUUCGUCUCAUUAUUGAGGGAGAUGUCCAGCUUAAGUGCUCAAUGUCUCUCGAUGCAAACCAAGGGAAGACGGUUUCUGCUGAAGUUGAUCAGAAACUUAAAGCAAGCAUUUUAGAAAAGUACAUGCUGGUUGAUAGUGAAGAAGACAAGAUAGUGCACAGACCAGUCACUCCUAAAGAAGCUCCUAAGAAACUGGUGCGCUAUCACGGCAGUCAGGUGGUCACCACAAAGGGAGAGCGUUACCAUCUAGUCAAGAAAGAAGAACCGGAUGACAUGAAGAAGACUUACGUUAGUCUCAAACCAGCACGCAAAUAUCGCUUUCAUUGAUAAAAGGCAUUUUGCUGAUGGACCAUUCAGAGUCAGCCCUCCGUGUUUUUGAUAUUUGUGUCUGGUUAUCUGUGACUGGAAACAGAUGUUUUAGUUUUUAUUUAAAUGUAUCUUGGUCCAAAUGUGUGUCCAUUUACAUAGAUGGUGCUGGAGGUUUUGGUUCUUGGGAGUUUAGAUGUUUGAAUUGACUUGAUCUGUGUAAUCUCCCAGUGAGUCCUUAUCUUACUCUAUUUUUUUUAACUACUUUUUACUAAAGCCUUAAGCUAUACCUAAAAACAUGGUGUUUACAUAUGACAUACAUAAUUUUACUGAAAGUCAUUGACAUGUUCUGCAAAGUGGUUGUUUUGUUAUAAAAUCAACCAGUUAUGAUUAUUUUCGGUGGCAGGAAACGGUUGAACAACAGUGUUUGCAUUAUGUG